ACAGAAAGCGAUAUUGGUAUCAUCCAUGCUGCACCCAAGCCGCCUCAACUUGGGGCUAAAAUUUUGUCCGAUAUCUUUGCCCUCUACAUUUCAACAGACUUCGUAGAUUGGGGGGUAAUCAAAUACUUCUUGGACGCCGGUGCAGACCCUGCCGAAAGUCUUCAAUGGAGCCCCGAGAUUCUCCUUCGAUUGGUGACGUCCCAAUAUCCUUCAAAUACUUUUAUUAUCAUGGACUUCCUUGACCAUCCUGCUGUAAGUAUUGACCAGCAAAAAGCUAUGAAAGGAGAACGCUGGGCGGAUAUGCUCCUGGAUAUAAUUCAAAAGAAGGCAAUGAGUGAUGGCAUAUGUCCCGUGACGAGGCGCCUUAUCGACCUCGGGAUUUCCGUGAACCGGGGAGCACUACAAGAUUCACCUCUAGGAGGUGCUAUAUAUGCCGGCAAUUUGGAUCUUGUUAGGCUACUUUUGGAUUCCGGAGCAACGCCGUCGGAAUCAUUUUUUGACGGAAAACCGGCAAUGUUACUCGCGUUGGAGGCUUUAAAGAUACGCAAUAAAAAGCAGUGUGCAAAGGAUGUAAUUGAUCUUCUCCCGAAACACGAGCCGGGAGCUAUGGAUAUAUUAAAUACGAUCCAGGUUGACGGAUUGCCCUUGCUUUCCGAAGAUUAUACAGAUGUGUUAUCCUUGGCGCUAGGACUGGGUGCAAAUCUAAACGUUCGCGUUUCAGAUGGUCGAACUCCCCUUCACGUUUCUUUAACACAAGUUCAAAAUAUUAACAAAGUGCCAAUUUCGGAUCAUGCUUUGAAGCUAGAGAUAUCAGUUCUACUAAGGUUUGGGGCUGAUCUACAUGUGCAAUACAACAAAAGAGUAUCAUCUGUUGAGUUGGCAUUAGAAUCUCAAAACUCAGAUAUUCUUCGUACCUUACUUCGCAAAGGAAGAAAUUCAAACGGAAUAACAAGCAUGGGAUGCACCCCUCUUCAGCGAGCAUCCGAGAUGAACUAUAUUGAGAGUACCGAACUCUUGCUUGAGCACGGCGCAAUUAUAGAUAUCAAAGGCAUACCAAGCCCUAGUGCUUUGGAGAGAGCCGUUGAUGGGGCACAUGUUAAAAUAGUGCAACUACUUUUAAAAGGAUCGGCGGAAGUCCCUCCCUAUAUUAUACAGAGAGCAUUUCCAACGUCGUUCCGUGACCAGGCCGAGAGGCGGGAGCCUAUAAUACGAAUGCUCCUCGAAGCUGGGUCAUGGUGCUCUGAUGACCAAUCAUUAUUUAUUAGAGCUCUCAAAUAUGCGGAUCAGCCUCAGUCGAACAUUGUGCCAAUUGAUAAACCUCGACGGAAAGCCUUCUUAAACAUAGCCACACAUUUCCUAAACUACGGCGCCGAUCCAAACGAUAUAAUUAAUGGGCCGCCAAUUCUUAGCUUCUGCCUACAGAACUGUUGGCCAGAGUUGUGUCUUAACUUACUUAAACGUGGAGCCAGGACACGUAUGAUGAGGGUAGGAAAUGCCUUCGACUUCUGCGAGUAUUACAAACAAAGAUGCCAAGUAUUGAAGGUCGAUUUUGACCGGAGCAUUUGGGAAAAAGUUUGGGAAAUAUGGUAGAAUAAGAUACCGAGAUGCUAGAGGAUAAGGGGGGACACAAAUUGGGUUAAUAGCCCUCCGUUUUAGAUCCGGUCGCAAUCUCGGACGCGGUCAAUCAAUCGGCGCUAAAGUGGGGCCGAUCCGACUCCGGCAACCCCGUUGCAAAUCGGAACAAUUACGUGUGAUUCCUUGUUUAAUCCACACGAACAAGCUGCAUGAAUGAAUUAAGCAAUGAGCACUUAAUAGCUAUGAAAAGCAAUGUAAACUUUCCGAGUCGCAAACCGAGGGGUUCGGUGGUUCGCUAUAUUUAGAACCCGUCCGAUCAUGCCCUUAACCUUUUGGCGCUGCAAAACUCGGUGUGUAUCUGGACGGCUCACUCUGCAUUGAUGUGUUAUUACAACUAGGACUGGG